AAUAAGGCAAAAUUAAAUUGUAAAUUAUGGCAAAAUCCUAUUUCACAUGCCUAAUAUUAAAUCAAUAAAGAAAAAUAACGAAGAUAUUCCGAUUCCGAAUAUUCGUAAAUGUCUAUUUAAAUCUCCAACAGCACUUAACAAAGAUGCCAAUAAACAAAAGAUAUUGAAAGAGAAAACUAAACAAAACUUAAAUAAUUUAAAAGAAAUUUUAAAAUCUUUAGAUGAUGAUGAAUGGCAAUAUAUUCCAUUUGAAGAACUAAUUUGCAAAAAAAAUAAAAAAUAGUAUACUUAUGGGAAAAAAAGAAAUAUUAAAAUACGAAGGAAGUAGUUAUUUCAGACAGAGAAUAGUCUUAGCCACUUUAACAAAUCAACCUAUAAAAAUUAAAAACAUAAAUGCCAAAGAUCUAAAUCCAGGAAUAAAGGAUUAUCAUAUAUCAUUUAUACGUAUUUUAGAUGAAAUUUCAAAUGGCUGUAUAAUAGAAUUUAAUGAAACAGGCACGGAGCUAUUUUAUAAACCCGGACUAUUAACGGGAGGCGCAUUCGAACAUUCGUGCAACGAGCAAAAAUCUAUCGGAUAUUACUUGGAAGGACUCAUAUGUUUGGCACCAUACGUUAAAAAUCCAAUAAAAGCGAGGCUUACCGGAGUUACCAACGAUAAUUCAGAUCCAUCUGUCGACUCCAUAAAAUACUCCACCCUACCCCUGUUCGUAAAAUUUCUUCACUUGGAAGAAUCCGCCCUAUCCUCCGAGCUGGACAUAAAAAUAGUCAAAAGAUGCUUACCCACCAAUCAAGCGGGCAAUAAAAUGGGCGAGAUCAUUUUUACUUGCCCUGUCUACAACGUGAAUCCCGUGACUAACAAGGCUAUAGAUCUCUGGCCUUCCACAAGUAGCGAUGCAAAUGGAUGCUCCGAAAUUGACGAUGAAGAAGGAAAUGAUAAUUUAGAAAUUAGCGAUGCGUUGAAAGACUACCAGAUUACGAAGGUGAGGGGUGUGGCCUACACUUUAAAGGUGUCCCCCAAUAUAACCACCAGACUGAUAACCGAGUCCCAAAAAAUACUCAAAGCUAUCGGAUGUACGAACGCUUAUAUCAGAACAGAUAAUUACAAAAAAUCACAAUGCGGCUACUCUCCUGGGUUUGGCCUCUGCCUCUACGCCCAAACCCAAAAUGGUUGCACUUAUUUUAGCGAACACUGCAGCUACAGGGAUGGAGAAAAUUCUAAGCUCAUAACUCCCGAGGAAUUAGCUUUACGGGUCACUUACAAAUUGCUAGACGAGAUUUACAUGGGUGGAAGCACCGACUCCUCAAAUCAAUGGCUCGCUUUUUUGCUCAUGUCCUUGACUAACCACAAAGUUUCCAGGAUUUUGACAUCCCGUCUCACUGCCUUUUCCCGAAAUACCCUAAAACUUAUCGAAGAUGUUAUUGGUGUAAAGUUUAAAAUAGACAGGUUGGGUAAUAAAAACCACGAUGAAAUGGAGCGUGAAGGUGAUAAAGAAGUUAAGGUCUUGAAUUACGUUGUGACUUGUUUGGGCGCCGGGUUCGACAAUAUCAACAAAGCGCUUAGAUGAAAUGCGAAAUAUCGAGAAAAUAAAUUUUUUUCAAGCGAAUUAUAUGUAUAAUAUCUUGUCUGAAAAAAACAUAUAUUAUUAUUAUUAUCAA